CCCAGUGCCUUGGCUCUUCGUGCCUGAAUAAGAGCUGAACAAACUGGUUCACUUACGUUUUAGCUUUAUUGAACGACUUGCACGAUUUUUGCGCAAAUACAUCAGGACUGGAUACCAUUGUCAAAUUCUGUAGGAAAUAUCGUACCUGUCCCAUUCCGGUGAGCGCGUGACUGCUGUGAGCGGGAUUUCGUAGCGAGGUUUGGCCUUUGUUGACGAAACAUGACACGUGUGUUUGCGUAUGUUGGCGUGCUAAUAGCCAUCAUGGCUGUGACGGGAGCAAGGCCAAAAUCAGCUGAACCAAAGUGUAAAUCUGGCCCGGUCGACCUGCUCUUCAUUAUCGACGGCUCCCGCAGCGUCCGCCCUCAUGAGUUUGAGACGAUGCGCAAGUUCAUGAUCGACAUCAUCCAUGAGCUGGACAUUGGCCUGGAAGCUACGAGAGUUGGCGUGGUCCAAUAUUCCAGCCAAGUCCAGAACGUGUUCUCCCUCAAAGCCUUUAGCAAGACUGCGCAGAUGGUUAAAGCCAUCAAUGAGAUCAUUCCAUUGGCCCAGGGCACAAUGACCGGCCUUGCCAUCCGUUACGCCAUGAACGUUGCCUUCUCCACCGAAGAGGGUGCCCGUUCUAACGUUCCCCAUGUGGCUGUUAUCGUGACUGACGGUCGCCCGCAGGACCGCGUGGCCGAAGUGGCGGCGGCUGCGAGAGAGUCUGGGAUUGAGAUCUACGCCAUUGGUGUCGCCAGAGCCGAUAUGACAUCACUCCGAGCAAUGGCAUCUCCACCGUUUGAGGAUCACGUGUUCCUUGUGGAGAGCUUUGACCUUAUUCAUCAGUUUAGGCUUCAGUUGCAAGACAAGCUUUGUGGGACUGACUUGUGUCUAGAAUCAGAUCAUGGCUGUGAUCACAUCUGCGAGAGCUUGCCUGACUCCUACUACUGUCUGUGUCUCCCUGGAUUCACACUGAACGAAGAUGGCAAGACUUGCACAUCCAUUGAUCUAUGUGCAGAAGGGAAGCAUAACUGUGAGCAGAUCUGUAUCGCUUCACCUGGAUCCUUUACAUGUGACUGUAACACAGGAUACACACUCAACGAGGACAAGAGGACCUGCACAAUGAUUGACUACUGUUCAUUUGGGAAUGACAGCUGUGAGCAUGAGUGUGUGAGUGUGCUCAAUGGCUAUACCUGCCGUUGUAAUGAAGGAUACUCACUCAAUGGUGAUCUGAAGACCUGCACAAUGAUCGACUACUGUUCAUUUGGGAAUGAUAGCUGUGAGCACGAGUGUGUGAGUGUGCUUCAAAGCUUUUAUUGCCAAUGCCGUAAAGGAUACACACUCAACGAGGAUGAGACGACGUGCACAAUGAUCGACUACUGCUCAUUUGGGAAUGAUAGUUGUGAGCACGAGUGCGUUAGCAUGCUCAAUGGCUUCAACUGCCAGUGUAAUGAUGGAUACUCACUCAACGAAGACUUGAAGACCUGCACAAUGAUCGACUACUGCUCAUUUGGGAAUGACAGCUGUGAGCACGAGUGCGUAAGUGUCCUCAAAGGCUUUUACUGCCAAUGCAACGAUGGAUACUCACUCAACGAUGACAAGAAGACCUGCACAAUGAUCAACUACUGCUCAUUUGGGAACGACAGCUGUGCGCAUGAGUGCGUGAGUGUCCUCAACGGGUUUUACUGCCAAUGUAACGAUGGAUACUCGCUCAACGAUGACAAAAAGACCUGCACAAUGAUCGACUACUGUUCGUUUGGGAAUGAUAGCUGUGAGCACCAGUGUGUAAGCGUGCUUAAAGGCUUUAACUGCCUUUGCAAUGAUGGAUACUCACUUAAUGAUGAUAAGAAGACCUGCACAAUGAUCGACUACUGUUCAUUUGGGAACGACAGCUGUGAACACAAGUGUGUGAGUGUGCUCAAAGGUUUUAGCUGCCGUUGUAACGAAGGAUACACUCUCAAUGAUGACAAGAAGACCUGCACAAGGAUUGACUACUGUUCAUUUGGGAAUCACAGUUGUGAUCAUAAGUGUGUUAGUGUGCUCAAUGGCUUCUAUUGUCGCUGCAAUGAGGGAUACACUCUUCAGGAGGAUGGAAAGGCCUGCCGGUCGGAUAACUUGUGUAACACAGUCGAACAUGGUUGUGAAUACCAGUGUGUGAGCACUCCAGGAUCAUACCAUUGUAUCUGUCCCGAGGGUCAUCUGCUACAGGAUGACGGCAAGACAUGUGGAACCUGCAGAUCUUCUAACAUUGAUCUGGUCCUCCUCAUCGAUGGUUCCAAAAGUGUUCGACCGAACAAUUUCGAACUCGUUAAGCAGUUUGUAAACCAGGUGGUGGAUCAACUCGACGUCUCCCCUAAAGCUACACGAGUGGGUCUCGUCCAGUAUUCCAGCCGUGUGAGGACAGAGUUCCCACUCAGCAGGUACCAAAGUAAAGAGGAGAUCAAGAAGGCUGUGAUGAGCGUGGAAUACAUGGAGAAGGGGACCAUGACAGGCCUGGCUCUCAAACACAUGAUGGAGAACAGCUUCACUGAGGCUGACGGAGCCCGCCCUGCCGAAAAGAACAUCCCACGGAUCGGCCUGGUAUUCACAGAUGGACGUUCACAGGAUGAUAUCACAGAGUGGGCAAAUAAGGCCAAGGAAGCAGGUAUCACAAUGUAUGCAGUUGGAGUGGGUAAAGCCGUGGAGGAUGAACUGAGAGUAAUCGCCUCUGAGCCCGUGGAAAAACACUUCUUCUACACCGCAGACUUCACAGCCAUUAGCCAGAUUGCUGAGAACCUCAAACUGAACGUCUGUGCUGCGGAGAGUCAGGGGGAGGUCGAGGUGAAGGAACCCUGUGCUUGUGAAAGUCUCGUGGAGUUCCAGCGGGUCACCAUGUCCACCCUCGAUCAGCUCAACCAGAAACUGUCAGCAAUGAACAAGCGAAUGGAAGUUCUGGAGAACCAGUUGCUCACGAGAAAAUGAAACAGCACGUCAUACAAACCUACUAAGGAGGAAGGGUCGCGUUUGGUGAUAAGUGUCCUUCAAUGAAACCAAAGUCGUAAAGGUGAAGACCCCUGUGACAUGAGGGCAGCAGACCCAUUCUGUGCCAUUUUCAACAUGGCUGACAUUGUUCCCUAUUUAUACAUGAUCUGUAUUGUUUGGUUUAUAGAGAAGUCUGUAUUUAUGGCAAAUUUUAUAAUAGCAUUUAUACACUAAAAAGGGAAAUUAAGUCUUGUAGUCGUACCACUCAGAAAUGUUAUCAUCUCCAUCAUAUUUGCAUUGUUUUUGGCUUUGGAAACAGAAUGUAAACCUGUAUGAAACUGGGACAUGUGCCGUUUGAUUGUUGCAGUUAAAUUCUAAGUAAAACACAAUUUUUUUUUCAAUUAUGUAGAAAUAUUAUAUUGAAAAAAAACCUCUAUUAGUUACACAAUAUACUGUUGUAAAAAUUGUCUUUGAAUCAGUAGUUUACAAACAAAAUACUGAUAACAAGGGAGACUAAUACAGCAAAAUGAUCCGCUAAAAAGCUGUUGCCGUCAAUAAUGUGCCUGAAUUUUUUAAAUAGUCAGAGAAAUAUGUCUGAUAUUUGAUAAUUGUUUGACUGGACUGCAAAAUAGAUCUGUAAAUCAACAACUGCCUGAAUGGUUUGUUCAUUUUAAAGAUAUAAAAGAAAAUUUUAGGAAAUAUGGUGAUAUGUUUAAGUGCCCCUUAAGAUUGCAGUUUUUAUUUUUACUAUUAAAGCGUCAUUUACACGUUUUGAAACCAGUUAAGAGUACCUCAAAAUACUCUGGCCUCAGGAUCUUAAUGUUUUUAUGUUUUUUAGACAUUUGCAAAAACGCCCCAUUAUAAAGCUUUUGUAUGUGAAUUCUUGUACUUUGGGAUAUUUCUUAAUA